AUGAAUUUGUCGAUGAAAAGAAAAAAAUAUAGUAAAAAUAAAUUCGGUGACGUCACAACACUAGAGAUUCUGAGCAGCAGAUAUCUGACAGUGUCUCAGUGCCAUGCUGGCUGUUCCGAGGUGGAUUCUCUGACUGAGGCUGUGGCUGGAGAAGGAUUCCUGCUGGGCUGCAUCUCCUGUAAGAAACGAGAGGAGGUCCCUGCACGAGCCACCGUAGACUGGCAUUUCAAGCCUAUGGGAAGGGAGGAGUUCAGGCAUAUUUUCCACUAUGACCACCCUGUAGCCGACAUCCUCCAUGAAGACUUCAGCGACCGCCUGGAAUGGCGCGGCACGCUAAAUGGUGACAUUCAGAUGGGAACCGUUUACGUUAAUAACAUCACCUUCAAUGACACGGGGACGUAUCGCUGCACCUUCCACCGCACCCUCUUCCUGCCGCUGUCUCCUGAGCUUGUCACUGUGGAGAAGGAGGUGGAGCUUAGUGUGGUGGGUGUAGCCAAUCGGGAGCUGACCGAUGUGAUCUCAGAGAUAAUGAUGUACGUGCUGAUCACAUUCCUGCAGCUGUGGCUCAUUGUGGUUCUGAUCUACUGUUACAAGAAAAUUUGGGAUGAGCACGAGGCACGUCAAGCUAGAAAGGCUCAGGCUGGACAGGGAGAAUCCAAAGAUAACUGUGACGGGGUGCAGCUAGAGUAACAUCAGUGGUGAAAAGUUUCAUUGCUACACCACGAUUCUGGUGAAAUGGAGCCCGGGCAGGAGAUCAGAGCAUUUUUUUCUUUGAGACGGACCUGCUCAUUUCCACCUUUGUGUUUCUUUUUUGGCUUUGCAUGAUUACAACUCAAAAUAAUCCUUAUUUAUCUCAUGCUGGGCCUCGAAGAAGCCUCUCAGAUCGUCCUCUGUGUAAAACAAACUGUUUAGUUCCCUCUUAAGGGAACUUUCUUCUGAUUGUCUGUCGCUCAUAUGUAACACAUUUGAAAAUGUGGGUGGAGCCUUUGUACCUGAGAUGACCUUAUUAGGGAUAUCCCCUCUCUCUGAUGUCAGACAAACUCAAGAGUAGAUAAAUCUGAGUGUGGGCAGUCUGAUGCCUGUGCUGUGAAUUUUGAUUUUGGAUAUUUAAUGCAAACAUCUUGCACUGUAACAUUACAUAAAUGACAGGAAAAAAAGGUCCACUUUGGGUGGAGGUGAGUGUAGAGCUUCUUUAAUUUAAGGCUUAAAGGCCUUAAAGGCGUGAGUAACACCUUUAAAUUACAGAUGUUUAUUAUCUGAUUUACAAAACAUCUAUGAAUCCCUCAUCCUGCAUUACUUUAAAAACACUAAACCUUUAAUGAAGAGUUUUGGGGCGGCAAUCUCAGAAAAAUUAAAGAGUUAGAUUAAAUUACUACUUAUUUGCCACAGGUAAGCUGUACAUGAGUUACCUAAUAUACUUGUUAGAGACUUACAAGUUAGCAGGGACUCGAGAAUAUUCAUUCUCCAUUAAUAAUUCCAGAUAAAUGUGGUCUGUUCUCCCUCUGUGCAUAAAAACAGUAUUAAAACUAAAAGUAUUGCCAGUACUGACGAGUGAGUCCCAAAGUUUGUGCUGGAAGGUCGUGCAGGUGGGCGUCAGUAGUAACAGACAUUCGGUUUCAAAUUACCCACGAGUAUGUACAGUUACAUAUUCAUAUAAAUAUGUUCGUUUAUACAAAAAGUGAAUUAAAAUCAGUAACAGGAGGUGGUUGACUUGUCAUAUAAUUCAUUACUUGUGACUUAAAUUUACUGUUUGUGUUGCAGUUUGUAUCCCAGUGGCAGUAUGACUGAGGAGCAUCUACAGCCAACAGCGUGUUUGGUGUUUUUUGAAUAAGAUUUUUGAAGUAAAUACAUCACUUUCUCUUGUAUUUUGUAUUUUAAAUGAAGAUGUAAUAUUGGGGUGGAUCAUGUGGGAUUUUCUGAUUUGUAAAUGGGUGCAGUACUCCUGACUUUGGGAUUGGCUGGUAUAGACUGUCGGCUAUACUCAUGUAGCUUACAUCUCAAGAACCUGCAUGAUUUCCAAUGGUCAGCAGGAGGCAACGCCGCUGGUUUCAUCAAAAUGACCCCACUGUUCACUUUAUCUAUUGCCUCAGUAAACACCUUCCUUAUGAGUCUGUGGUCUCGUUAAAUUUAGAAUAAAGUCGAUCAGCUGAUGCGAUGCUCCUUGUGAUUGACACAAUGAGCUCGAAGCGUCCCUCACUCUGUUUUUAAAGGAUCGAGAUGGACAAAGUCAAGGUUUCAAAUAAAACUGCAUUUACACGGAA